AUGUCUUCUCCCAAGACUCGUGCCCAGGGUUCGUCCUCCUCUAUUCCUCCUUAUUACAUCACUAGGGCUGGGGUUGACAACCAUGCCAUAGAGAUAAGAAGCAAGCUCCAUCCUUUUGCCCAAAAGAAGUUGGAUGAGAAUGUCCUUCACCUGUUCAAGAAUACUCUGGUUUUGGGUCCACACUGGUUUGGCCCAGUUCCGACUGAGAUGGCAAAAUUGAUGAAGAAGGAUGCUGAAGCUCCUUUAUGUUUUGAGAGCACUUCUGCCUUGGCCUCUCAUUCUUGGGUCAGCAAGAAUCUGAGCCAUUCGUUCCCAUCCAGUGAAGUGAGAAACAGUUCGGUGAAAUGGGUAGACUGGAUUGACAGACUCCUUCCAAGAUAUGGAGCUCACUGGAAGAGGGCUGGCGUAUAUGAUGCCAUACUUUUGUCCAAGCAUUCCAUCAAUAGAGAUGAGAACCUCUUGGCUGCUGCUCUAUGUUUCUGGAAUUCUGCCAGUAACACAUUUGACUUCCGUGUGGGCCCCAUGGCUCCAACUCUGCUGGAUAUGGCGCAAAUCUUUGGGUUCAGGCCCCAUGGAAGACUUGUGGAUGCAGUAGGAGAUUACCAUAGAAGAAAGAACCAGGAGAAACUAGCCAAGCCUUUCACUAUCUCUCCAGCUCUUAUUAACCAGAACUGCUCCUUCUCCAACUACCCGAGGAAGUUCAGUGCUGAGAAGGACAAGGACCAGCAACACAUGCUAUUCCUUCUGUACUGGCUGAAUAGGUUCAUUCUCCCCAAUCGGUCUUCAGCAGUUCUGGUUGAAUACAAACAUUUGGCAGAAGCAUUGCACAACCAUACGGAUGUAGGGCUUGGCCCUACAGUUCUGGCCCAUCUUUUCAAGAAUUUGCAUACUGCUACUUUGGAGAAUCCUCUGAACCUGUCUGCUCCAGGCGCAUUCUGGAUGAUCCAGAUUUGGCUGCAGGUUCAUUUCACAGAACUGAGGUUUCCGGACAUCGUUCUGCCUGAAGAUCAGGUCAUGGUAGCUCCCUUGAUGUCAGCAGAGGUGCCAAAGCGAUCGAUCGAGGAGUAUCUGAUGUUUUUCAGGCACUGUACUAAGAGGUCUGCAGCUCAGUGGCAGGCUGGAUACAGACUAUUUGAGAAGGAGCCAAAAGAGGAGGCAGCCAUAAUAGACUUUAGGAAGAAAUUCCUAAGUGUCACUUUGCCGAGAGAUCUGCCUCAUGGAGGAGGAAAGCCUCCAAAUUAUCAUUUGGGGGCAGAAGAGGAGCCAAAAGAGGAGGCAUCCAUCCCAACUUCUGUGCAAGGCAACUUGGCUGCCCUCAGCUCAUUCCACUCAAAUCUUAUAGAAGUUGCAAUCGGGGCACUUCUUGGAGAGAUGCAGAUGACCUGGAGGUGCACAAGGAUGCUAGAUGUGCAUUCUGUCGAGUUCGAUGCCUGGUGGAAGGCCAGAUUCCAUGAUCUACCUGCUUCAAGCACUGCACUUGAGGUGCUUUUUAAGGGCUGGGAUGGAUGGACUGUCCACACAGGAGAGGAGACUCACAAAUUUAUGGUGCAGACCAUCAAGGACAUCAAUGCUCAAGUUAUAGAAGAUCUCUCCUUGACACAGAACAUUGGUGGACAGUCUAUCCAGGCCGGAGAAUCACUUCUGUUAUUGCAGCCGGAGAUCUGGAGCUGCCUUUUGGAGAAGCAGAAGAAGAAGAAUAAGAAGAUCGGGCAGAACAAACGGCUGUUAAAGAGGAUUGUAGAGGAAUAUGUGGCUCCAGAGGCAACUGCAGUAGUUCCCACCACAACUUCUGGCACAGAUGAAGAGCUGAGAGAGGCUUUUGAAGCUGUGGAGCAGGAGAAUGAGUUAAGGGCUCUAGAAGAGGUUGGAGAGAAACCUCAAGAAGAAACAAAGACAGUAGAAGAAGGAGUGAAGAAGACAAGGGCAGAGCUGACUAGCUCACAGCUAGCCCUGUUUGAGGAUCUAGAGGUAGAACACUCUACUGCUGCCCCAGAAACUGAGGAGCAAGCAGAGCAAUCUGCAUCCGAGCCUGUGGAGCAGGCAAAACUACCUGUUUUAGUUCCAGAAGCUGUAGUGGAAAUGGCUGCAGCUGUUCCUGAAGUGGUAGAAGUGCCUAGGUCUGCUGGUGUUCUGGCAGUGGUGACCAGUCCCUUGAAUCCUCCAAUCGUUGCUAUGCCUAUUCAUUCUCUUCCAGGUUCUUCUAACACGGCCUCCUUUGCUGAUCCAGAACUGGCAGAGUUUGAAGCCAUGAACUUGGAUGCCCAGCUGGACAAGUUGGAAAAGCUUAGUUCUACUCCUAGCAAAGCAAAAUAUAAGGUAGUGGGGGAAGCUACGGAGAGUGUGAAGAUCUGGCAGUCCAUUGAGCUGGAGCUAGAUGAGGAUAGGGAAGCCAUUGACCAGCUGAUGAAAGACUUGGACCUGCUGCAUAGACAGAACAUAUCUCCCAAGCCCAUACUUGAGAUGAGCCUUGGCCUGGCAAGAGAUGUGCUUAACCUCCACAUCGAUAUGAGGAUCUCAAGCCUACCUUCAAGACCUCUGAGUUCUGCAAUGCUAGUCACGAAGCCAACUUGA